AUGGCUUCGACGGUGAGAGCUCCCGCGUUCAUGCUGCGAGCCGCAGCUCGCCGAGCCUUUACGUUCACAUCAGCCAAUCGCCUGCCAUUGGCCGCAGCAAGAAAGCUCCAUACGGUGCCGCCGCGACAGGACAAGCCCGGCAGUCACUCUCGAACAGACAGCGAUGUUGAGAUUGAACACCCCGCCGAGCAUGAGCUCCCAAGCAGCAAGCCUGUCAUUGGCACCGGUGGCCAGUACGUCAAGCCCACGCUUGCUAGCUUCUCCCUUGAUGGAAACGUCGGCGUCGUCACUGGAGGAGCGAGGGGCCUCGGGCUUGUGAUUGGCCAGGGAAUGGUCUACUCGGGCUCUGAUCUAGCCUUGGUUGACAUGAACAAGGAGGAGGCUGAGAAGCAGACAAAGCUGCUUGUAGAUGCAUUUAUCAAGGAAAACCCCAAUGCAGAACGCAUUCCCAAAGUGACGGCACAUUACGCCGAUGUAGCGGAUCCCGACUCUGUCGAGGCCUGCAUAGCUGAGAUUAUCCAGCAACAUGGCAAAAUAGACAACUUGGUCACCUCGGCUGGCUUUACUGAAAAUUUCGAGGCCGUCAAGUACCCAAUUGAUCGACUUCGAAAACUCUGGGCUGUUAAUGUGGAUGGCACUUAUCUGUUUGCUACCUCGGUUGCCCGCCACCUAAUGGAGAGAAAGAGCCCUGGCAGCAUGGUCAUGAUUGGUAGCAUGUCAGGAUCCAUUGUCAAUGUUCCUCAACCUCAAGCGCCUUAUAAUGCUUCGAAAGCUGGAGUUCGUCAUCUGGCAGCGUCGCUCGCUGUUGAGUGGGCUCAUGCUGGCAUUCGGGUUAACUGUAUCUCGCCAGGAUACAUGCUGACCGCAUUGACCGAGAAAAUUAUGGACGAGAAUCCAGAGCUCAAGCAGAAAUGGGUGUCGCUCAUUCCCCAAGGCAAAAUGGGCCGGCCGCAAGACCUCAUGGGCCCUGUGACAUUCCUACUCUCUGAUGCUAGCCAAUACGUAACAGGUGCUGAUGUUCGUGUGGAUGGCGGCUACACUGUCACAUAA